GAUAGACUCGAUUCGGAAGUCACCGGCAACCUUGGCGGCGGCGAGCGUUGGCUCGACUGAUUGUCGGAGAAUUCCUAAUCCUUUGUAUCCAGACUCGAGAUUCUAUAUCGUGAGUGAGAAAUCCGUCGUAGGAACAAGAGUUGUGUGACAUAUGGUAUCAGAUUCAUAGAUCCUCGGUUUGCUGUUGGGUUGUUUUCAUUUUCGCCUCUGUUCUUUGUUUUUCCCCUUCGAAUUUGAGCAGCACUCGCCGGAGUUCUUCCCGAUCCCGGCGACCACACCCCGCCCACCGACUCCCAGUCGGCGGCGGCCACCGCAUACUGCCGGUUAGCCGUUCCGGCGCCGUCGUCCAUCUCUGGUAGUCUCGCGCCGCUUAGGGAGUAGGCUCGUUUGGCGAAGAGGAUUCCACAUAUCGUGACUCUGGAUCCUACCCACUCCCACUUCACUCGCUUCCAAGCUCGAUCGGGAGCAAUGGCACUAGCCAAGGAUUCCAUCUCCACCGUGUUAGCCAAGUUGGAGGAACUCGGCCAGAAGUUCGACAACAUGGAUCGCAAGACCGACGAGACCACCCAGAAAAUUGAGGAGAUGCAGCAGUCCGUUCGUCAACUCAAGGACGAGCAGAUCUCCUUGACAAGUUGGAAGCCGGAACUUGAAGAUAAGGUCUCGGAUCUGCAGAAUUCAGUCUUCCUGCUGAAACAAAAGGUGGACUGCUUCAUCCAUAAACUACCCAAGACAGAGAAGGUGGAGAAUGGUGUUCCACAUGGAGUGUCCAUUUCCGCCCAUCUGGGAGCUUCUGCUGCAGCAGGGACCUCCGGGCCUAAUGGCCACAGCGUCGAUCCAUCUCACCUGAGUGUUGGUGCUGGGGUUGUCACCACCCCGGUGCCACCUCCGGUCACAGGAAGAAGUGUUAUUGGGUCAUCCUACCUUCGAGACACGUCGCAAUGAUAAUCUGAUGGAUAUCAAACCUUUUGUCAAACCUGGGCUUCCUUUUGUUUCUUCCAACAAGAAUAUUGAUAUGCUGUCUCAGUCUGAAAAGAGGGGUUCUUCUCUGUGUAAAGGGAAGGUUCAGUCUGACAAAUUGGCAGCACUUAUGGCUUAUAGGAAGGCUAAGGGAUUGUGCUACAAGUGUGUUUUGAAAUGGGGUUCUCAACAUAAGUGUCCAGAAUCUGUGGCUUUGAAUGUUGCCGAAGAACUUUGGCAAAUGAUUUCCCAGGAUGAUGUAGUGGCGGAACCUUCCCAAGAGGAUUCUGAUUCUGGUGAGGACCUUAUGGCCUUGUCUGACCAAGCUGUUCAAGGUACUUGUAUUGGCAAGACAAUCAAGUUGGCUGCUCAUUUUGGCAAACAUAGUGCUGUGGUGCUACUUGAUUCUGGCAGUUCUCAUAACUUUAUUAGUGAGCAGUUAGCAGCUUGUUUACCUAAUUGGCAAUUACUCCGGAAGCCUCUCCAAGUGAAAGUAGCCAAUGACAGUGUGCUUAUCUGUACUCAUGAAGUCACUUGUGCUUGGCUUGUGCAAGGAGUUCAGUUUGAAACAACAUUCAGAAUCCUUCCUCUACAAUGUUAUGAUUCCAUCUUGGGCAUGGACUGGCUGGAACAAUUUAAUCCAAUGCAGAUUCAUUGGGUGGAGAAGUGGUUAUCCUUUACAUACAAGGGGGCUAAGGUACAGCUGCAAGGACUAACUGACACAACAUCUACUCUUCUUCCUUUGUCUGGGGAUCAAUUGAAUGCCUUGUUACGGCACAAUGAUAUUUGGUGUGUGGUCCAACUUAAUACUUUGAAUGCUUCUGAACUUGUUAAAGAGCAGUCUCUUCCUCCACUGCACAGCUCCUUCACAAAUACUCUGAUCUGUUUGCUGAACCCACUGGCACACCACCUGUCAGAUGCAUCAACCAUACUAUACCAUUGUUGGCAGGAUCCCAACCUUUUCGGCUCAGGCCCUACAGGUACACACCAGCUCAAAAGGAUGAAUUUGAACGACAAGUCACUCAUCUUCUCAAGAAUCAUAUGAUUCAACACAGCUCUAGUCCCUUUUCCUCACCUGUGUUACUGGCCAAAAAGAAGAAUGGAGAAUGGAGAUUAUGUGUCGAUUUCAGGAGACUUAAUGCCUAUACCAUCAAAAAUAAGUUUUCAUUGCCCAUAAUAGAAGAGUUAUUUGAGGAGCUACAUGGGGCUAAAUGGUUUACCACACUGGAUUUAAGGUCUAGUUUUCAUCAGAUUUUAGUAGCUGCGGAGGAUCAAUUCAAAACUGCAUUCCAAACUCACUCUGGCCACUAUGAGUACAAAGUAAUGCCAUAUGGAUUGACAAGAGCCACUGCAACCUUUCAGGCCAUCAUGAAUCAUAUCCUGGCUCCAUUACUAAGAAAGUGUGUAGUGGUUUUUAUUGAUGACAUACUAAUCUAUAGCAAAACACAAGAGGAACACUUACAGCACAUCCAGAUGGUGCUUGAUAUUCUGAAGGAGCACCAGUUUAAGGUUAGAUUGUCCAAGUGCACUUUUGCUCAACAGCAGCUCAAGUAUCCGGGACACAUACUAAGUGGUGAGGGUGUUGCCACUGACCCUAGCUAGAUCAAAGAUGUGCAGAACUGGCCCACUCCUACUUCUGUCAAAGAAUUGAGGGGUUUUCUUGGUUUAGCUGGUUACUAUAGAAGAUUUGUGCCUCAUUUUGGAAUGCUAGCCAAACCCUUGAUAGAAUUGAUCAAAAAGGGACAAAUGUUUGUGUGGACAAGUUUGACUGAACAGGCUUUUCAAACACUGAUGAAGGCUUUAACUUCUGCACCAGUACUUGCUCUGCCCAACUUUGAGAAAACCUUUGUUGUAGAAACCGAUGCUUCUGAUAAAGAAAUUGGAGCAGUACUCCAACAGGAUGGCCAUCCCAUUGCUUUUGUAAGCAGAGCUUUAGGCCCCAAAAAUCAAGGAUUGUCGACUUAUGAAAAGGAAAGUUUUAAAAAAGGAAAGUUUGGCUAUCCUUAUGGCAGUGGAUCACUGGAGAUCAUAUUUGCAACCUGCUCCAUUUGUCAUACAAACUGAUCAGAGAAGUCUUGUGCAUCUGGAUGACCAAAGAUUGAGUUCUUUUUGGCAAUAGAAGGCUUUGACCAAGCUCAUGGGCUUACUGUACAAAAUAUGCUAUAAAAAGGGGUCAACCAAUAAUGCUGCAAAUGCCUUAUCUCGGAUAUCUCCCCAUCCUGAUCUAGAACUUCAUGCCAUGUCUACUGCUCAACCAAUCUGGUUGGCCGACUUGCAAAACAGUUAUCUUAACUACUCUCAGGCCAAACAACUGCUUAUCGAGCUCUCACUCAAACCAGUUUUCCAUCAUUUUUCUUUAGUUCAAGGUGUGAUUAAGUCCAAGGGCAGAAUCUGGUUAGGUCAUAGUCCACCUCUUCAACAACAAGUAAUGCAAGCUAUCCAUUCUAGCCCUAUUGGUGGCCACUCUGGUGCACUUGUUACCCACAUCAGAAUCAAGAAACUGUUCUAUUGGCCUCUUAUGAAGAAACACAUUCAGCAGUUUGUUGCCAGUUGCACUGUCUGCCAGCAGGCUAAAUCAGAGAAGGUAGCUUAUCCUGGUCUCUUACAACCCCUGCCAGUACCUGAUCAUGCUUGGCAAGUUGUUUCUAUGGAUUUUAUUGAGGGUCUCCCAGUUUUAGCUUCUUACAACUGCAUAAUGGUAAUUGUGGAUAAAUUCUCCAAAUACUCUCACUUCAUUAAACUGGCUCAUCUUUCUCAGCCCUUAAGAUUGCUAAGCUGUACAUGGAACAUGUUUACAAACUACAUGGUAUGCCUCAAGCCAUCAUCUCUGAUCGAGAUAAAAUCUUCACGAGUCAUCUCUGGCAGGAACUAUUUAAACUCUCUGGUACAGAACUUCGUAUGAGUUCUGCGUACCAUCCCCAAAGUGAUGGGAAAACUGAGCGAGUUAAUCAAAGUGUGGAGGCUUAUCUAAGGUGUUUUAUUCAGAACUGCCCGACCAAAUGGUCUGAUUGGUUAGCUCUAGCAGAAUUCUGGUAUAAUACAAAUUUCCACUCGGCUCUGAACAAGUCUCCUUUUGAAGUGCUCUAUGGUCAUUCUCCCAAACAUUUUGUCAUUGAGGGCACCGAUAUCUGUGCUAUUCCUGAUCUAGCUACUUGGCUCAGAGACCGUCAAGACAUGAUUACUUUGUUGCAACACCAACUUCAGCGAGCUCAACAAAGAAUGAAGCAUCAAGCUGACAAGAACCGUUCUAAAAGAUCUUUUGCAGUUGGUGACCACGUUUGGCUGAAACUGCAACCCUACAUACAGACAUCAGUGGCUCAUCGCGCCAGUAACAAACUCUCCUUCAGAUACUUUGGUCCUUUUGAGAUUCUCAGCAAAAUUGGUGAUGUUGCUUACAAACUGAAGAUGCCUGCUGACAGCUCUAUUCACCCCGUCUUCCAUGUCUCCCUCCUCAAGAAAGUUGUUGGUACUCCUCACCCAAUGCUCCCCUUUCCUUCCGAUGUUCAGUCUGUUCAGGUACCCGAGCUCGUGUUGGAUCGUCGCCUCAAGACUAAGGACAAUCGCGUCGUCUCGCAAUUGCUUAUCAAGUGGAGUCACCUACCACCAGAGCUGGCAACUUGGGAAGAUGAAGACUCCAUCCAACCCCGACUCCAGCAGACCACGGCUUGCGGACAAGCCGUUUUUCAAGAAAGGGGGAAUGUCACGGUGUCACCUGUUGACGACCAGGCCAAGGCGAUCAGGCGCGGUAGAAGAAUUAAGAAGCCAAAUGCUUUCGUAACUGGGCCGGAUUGGCGUGAGUAGCGGAGGCCCAUGUAACGGGCGAGCACGGGAGUGCUUGUAAUACUUAAGCAUGAACAGGAGACGGGGAGAGACUCGAUUUGGAAGUCACCGGCAACGUUGGCGGCGGCGAGCGCUGGCUCGACUGAUCGCCGGAGAAUUCCUAAUCCUUUGUAUCCAGACUCGAGAUUCUAUAUCGUGAGUGAGAAAUCCGUCGUAGGAACAA